UUUUACAAUGGUCGCAGUUCUAACCUAACCUAACCCACUUUUGUGGCAGCAGUUCGUUUUUGCGAGGGUCACGGUUCUAACCUAACCUAACCCACUUUUGUGGCAACAGUUCGUUACCAUUCAUUAUGGAAAGUAAUUGUUAUGAUAAUUGAUCAAUAGGAAAAGUAACUGUUAUGACGAUUGAUCAUUAGGGUAAUAGCCAUUAGGUCAAAACAGUUAGAACAUGUUAUUUUAUGCCAAACAUUGUUAGGGAUUUCGAAGAAUAUGGUAAAAAACAUUAGGGAUCUUGAUAGUUAUGGUACAAAUGCUUAGGGCAAAUGAGUCUUAGGCUAACCAUUACAUUAUGGAAAAUAAUCGUUAUGACAAUUGAUCGUUAGGGCAUGUGCCCAUUAGGACAAACCAGUUAGGGCAAGUGACUUUAGGACAAACGUUGUUAGGGAUUCAGAAUGACACCCAGAUUUACCCAUGUCGUCAGCUCAACCCGAGCUUGACCCGGACAUGCUGCUGGCUCUCGGAGAAUCGACCGAGGAUACCCCCGAGUAUGGCGAAAAAAUCCACGAUAAUUUAUCGAAACUUUGGUUACCGUUACUCAAAAAAGGUAUGACAAAUGAAGCUAAAGAUAAAAUCCGAAAAGACUAUUUGGUUCCCGACAACUGUCGAUUGCUACAAGCACCAAAACUAAACGUGGAGAUUUCAGCAGCCGUACCCGAUAUGGUCCGAAACCGAGACAAAAACCUAGCUGCAGCGCAGCAACAACUUGGCCACGGGAUCGCUGCCGUCAAUAAGGCCAUGGAUAUUCUAAUUAAAUGUGUAGAUUCCAACGGAAUCGAAGCUAUGAAACACCUCAGCAACGGCUGCCGUAUUCUGUGUGACCUUCAUGCGUCAUCUACUCAAAGCCGCAUAAAACUUAUCACACCUAGUCUCGAUAAGACGUUCUUGCAAGUUAUUCAAGACACAGAACGUGAUGAUACCCUGUUUGGUAAUAAAUUGUCCGAGAAAAUCAAGGCAGCGAAGACCAUUGAAAAACAAGGUCUCCAAAUCAAGAAAACGUCCCCAAAGAAACCCGCGCCUGCACAGCCGUCGACAAGUCGAGCGUCGUACUCGGGAAACUGGUCAGCGCCCCCUCGUUACGCGUCGAACAGGGGGGGGCGGAGAGGUGCUCGCAGGCAGACGAAUUACACCCGUCGGACGUUUCCAGCUCCACAACCGGCCAAGACAUCCCCUGCGACCAAGACACGUGCCCAGGCACCGUAACGCAGGGACUGCCACCCCCUACACAAGGGGCUUACCCUGGGGGUCGCGAAGCUCUGCAACAGUCCUUCAGUCGAAGAGGCUCCCCACCAGAGGCUAUAACACUGAUGUUGGCAUCACUCUCCGACAAAACAAUACAGCAAUACGAAGUUACAUAUAAGCUCUGGUGGCAAUUUUGCACCGUUAAUUCUAUUGAAAUUUUAAAUCCCCCGAAAUCGUCAAUAUUGUCUUUUUUAACAGAACAAUUUAAUAAAAAUUGUGCAUAUGGCACACUGAAUAGUCACCGUUCAGCCUUAUCCUUGUUAUUGGGAGACAACGUCGGUUCGGACGAUUGCGUGAAACGCCUCCUCAAAGGUGCCUACAAACAAAGACCGAACGGUCCCAAGUAUAAUAAAUAAUAAUAAAUACUGACAUAAUCAAAACAUCAGCUGCCGGACGAGAGCAACCCGUUCUCUUCCUCCCAUAUUUUAAAGAUAAGGUGUCUAUAUGCCCUGCUACAACUCUCAGAGAUUAUAUUUUUGUAACAAAAAAUAAGAGAGUUGAUAGUAUAGGAAAUUUGUUAUUGACAUACAAACCUCCACAUAGGCCUGCAACUUCUCAGACACGGACGACCUUGGGAG